UGAUAGAUGAAUGACAUUUGUCCUGUGUUACUUCUGUAUACAGUGAUGUAAAAUCAAUUUGAAAUUAUCGUUGACAUGUCUCCGUUAAAUAACGAACCACACAGAAAACUAAAGUGUCUCUACGCUGGAUUUACAUCUAUUGACACUAAACUCGGUAUGAAGACGAUGAAUCGUGCGAUUGAAACUGUUUUAAAGAACACUAAUACACAUCAAUGGUUGCCUGUAAAUAUUUCAAUCUCUCCGUCUACAGUGAAUUUGUCUUAUCAAAAUUACACUGCUGUAAAUCUUCGAAUCUGUUCAAUACCAUUUUUUGGAAUAUAUAAUAAAGAUGAAAAAAUUUGCGGGAUUGUUCAACACACAGCUGAUGAUUUAUUCAUAUGUCAUGUAAUAACGUGUCAUACAAACGCUAUGGAGCUGUGUAAAACACUUAAAGCAGCCUGUGAAUUACGUUAUCAACAAUGUGUCGACUCAAAAAUGUUUGACAAUAUCAAAUCAAGUAUCGAUUCAAUAAAUCAUGUAAAAGUUGACCAAUCAAGUAAACAGACAAAGAAUAAACAAAUCAUUCUUUUGAAUAUCAUUAAUCAUAUUGAACAAAUGAAAUAUGAAAUCUGUAAACGAAUUAGACAACAUUCAAAUUGGAUUAAAUCAUGUCUGUUGUAUUCAAAUGAUGAACGCCUACUGGAGACAACGAAGACAGACGAUACGAACGACAAUGAUAAUAAUAAUAAUAAUAAUGAGCAAGCUACUGCUAAUCUUUAUUAUUCAGCUUAAGGCGAAGAGAAAACCUCAGAGAAGAAGAAAGAAAAGAAGAAUGAAAAGCUUUUAUUUAUCAUUGUUAUUUUUGUCUACAUAUUUAAAAUAUAUUGAAUUUACU